AUGAACGCCCUGGUUGCUCUCUGUCACUUCUGUGAGCUCCAUGGCCCUCGGACGUUGUUUUGCACUGAAGCCCUGCACCCUCCAUCCCCAUCCCCUUCAUCACAGGCUGGUGCCCCGGUACCCGGUGACAGGGACCGAGACGGUGACCGGGAGGGUGAAGGGUUGACCAUGAGGGCCAACAGCUCAGCUACACAGAGAGGAGAGAUGUGUGACGUGAGUGGACCUUAUCAGAAAAAUGCACCCCUCUCUAUACUCAUUUCUUCUUCAUUGUACUUCAGUAGAAACAGCUUUACAAUACAGGAGAGUAUUGUGAAUUGUACCUCAAUUAUUGAUUUUUAUCUCCCUUUGCUUGCCACACAGGGAUGUCGAUCUCUUCCUGCGUCUCACCCGGGUUUUAUGAGCAUCGAUGAUGAAACAGGAAUACGCUUCCUGAGCCACCAGCAUCCCAGGCAGCCACAGCUUUUUAGCGUGGUCCGCCAGGCCUGUGUACGCAGCCUCAGCUGUGAGGUAAACAGUGACGUACGUCUGAAUGUCUGUCAUGAUUAGAUUCACUGAUGCCACACAAACACAAAACGCAACCCCUGCAUACAAUUCACUACUUGCUGCAAAUUGCUCUGCUUUCAUUUGUGUUUCCUUAGGUAUGUCCUGGACGUGAAGGGCCAAUUUUCUUUGGGGAUGAGCAGCAUGGAUUUGUGUUCUCACACACUUUCUUUAUUAAAGACAGUCUGGCCAGGGGCUUCCAGCGCUGGUACAGUAUUGUUAUGGUGGCAAUGGACAGGAUCUACCUCAUCAACUCCUGGCCUUUCCUGUUACGCCAUCUUAGACUCACUAUACAAAGCUUACAAAGCACAGCCCUCAAGGUAGGAUACACACAAGACCAUUACAUGCCUUUAUUAUUACUCUGAAUCGUACCUGCUUUAUCUUUUGUUGCUUUUACUUUUUUGUGUUAGAUUUUUAUAUCUCUGUGUCAUUUUUUAUCUCUUUUGGUAUUUUGGUUUACUUAUCUUCUUUUCCUGGUUUUAUUGUCUAACCAAUGUUCUGCUUCUUUUCUGCUGUAUUUUGAGUCUCAAAUAAUGUAGUAUCCAAGUAUCUGUUUGGCUGUAUAAUUUCUUGUUACUGUGAUCUCCAUUAGGUCUUUGAUAGUGAACAAGGAGUGUGUCCCCAGCGAGCGGUGAGGAUGAACAGCGUCUUCUCACCUGCGGUUUUCCCCCAUCAAAGAAGCGGAAAUGCAGCCAGAUCACUAACUUCUCUAACCCAACAUCCAAACCUGUGGGCCAGUCUCCACUCCUCUUUCAGCUGGUGAGUCAAAGUACUAUCAGCAAUCUCAAGCCGUUGUCUUUUUUAACCGCUCACGAUACACAUUUAUGUUUUAACUUCUUCUCCAGGCUGCUGAAGGCCUGUGGUAGUCGUCUGACUGAGAAGCUGCUGGAGGGAGCCCCCACAGAAGACACGCUGGUGCUCAUAGAGAGACAGACAGGUAAAGCAAACGUUGGUAAUCGACCAUCCAAUGCUGGUCCAGUCUGUAACUGGGUGAAAGCAUUAGAUCUACCACAGUCAAACUUUAAAGCCCUUAUUGAAGUGGAUAGAACAGUGGAUAGGGAGAGUGAGGAUUGACAUGCAGGAAAGAACUUACAGACUGGAGUUGAACUUGUGGUCUUCUCUUGAGGCAUAACCCCUGUAGAUGGGUCCCAGAUCCCUCAGCUAAUGGUGCCCCAAGUCAAUCCUUUUAUUAAGAAGAAUCCCUCUUAAUGUUGUUGCCACCAUUAUGCUGGUAGAAAAUUUGUGCCAAAUCCACAUGGGAAGGGUCUCUUGUCUUUGCAGUCAAAAAAACAUAUCUGCUGCCGUGUGUAACUGACUGAUUUUCCUCUCUGUCAGUAUAGAUCAAGCUUUACAAAAAGAGAUCAUUAGUUGGCAUGAUAUUUUCCUGCCGUCAGUGAUAUAAAGCAUAAAGUGAUUUUCAGCAUAAGUGACUUCAAACUUGAGCUUUAAAAAGAAACAAACUAACCAACCAAAAACAUCAGAAACCCUUGGUAUUAUUAUAGAAGUUGAGACAGAAAUACUCUUCCUCCAACAGGAAAGCAUUUAGUGAAUAAAAGGGUGAUAAACUUUGAGAGUUUAUCAAUACACAGAAAUGGAAAUACAUGCUACUAUGUUGACAUGUAUGAUUUCUAUGUAGUUUAAUACUGUAAACAAUACCGUAACACAAUGUGUUUAACUUUAUGGUAUAUGUUUUUUUUUAUUGUUUGAAUAUUUAAUCAGUAUGUGGUUUUACUCUUUGAUCUAAAACCUUCAUCCAAAUCAAACCUUUAAAUCUAAUAUGAUAACAUUGACUCAAAUCGAACUGAAGUGUGUUGAACUGAUGUAAAUUGGGACAAAUAUUAACCUCAAUAUCUGAGUGAUGAAUCAACAUUUGCUGCCUUCCAGGGAAGGUUAGUCUUCCUGAUAAAGGAUCAAAUCAACAGAUGUCAUUUGUUUGCACAGUGUGUCGUGGUUUUAUCAUCUGUUUGAACAGUUGCUGUGAAAGUUUAGAUUAUUGGGUCAGUUACUGAGAGACUGUCUGUACAGGAAGGUAUCGUGAUUAAGUAAACUAUUGUGGUUACAAUACAUACAAUGCCUCAUACUGGCACAAAGAUUUCGAAAGUGAUGAAGAUUCCAAGUAAAACUCAGUUUCCAGGGUGUGGAAUAGUAAUCUCUAGUCCCCUGAUGGUAUCAUUUGGGUCUUUAUCUUUAAUUUCAUUGCAUUUUCUUCAAAUCACAAUUCCAAGAGGUUAUACUAAUGCACAUGACAAAAAAAUAAUUAAAACAUUUUCAAUUAGUUACAUUGCGCCAGUACAGAUAAAUAGCUGAUUUAAACUAUCAGUUAUAAAAUAGGGUCAGUUCUACACGGCUGGCUUUGUUUUGGAAAUACUCAACAGUUGACGUCAUGUUCAGGCUGUGUAUAGCAUAUGAUAUCUAGACAGAUCUUAGUAAUAACUUCCUGUGGAAUCCCCCACAUUCAUGCAGUAUUCUCUCAUUACUGUUUUGUUUUUUUGUUUAAUGUCAUUCUCUGUUUCCAACAGAACAAGAGGAAGAAAUGAGCUGCUGGGAGGGUGCAGAAGGCGGCGGUCCUAAACCUCAGCGUAUCCAAUCCGGAAGAGAGCUGGUCCAUGACUUCCUGUGUGAUGAUUGGAAAUUGGAUGAACUACCUGGGCCCAAGUUCAGAUCACUUAGGCAUUUGAGACAGGUGAAUUGAAGGGGUGUAUAUCAAGUGCACAAUUACAUAGAUUACCUUUGUGUGGUAAAAUUGUUUGAUAUUCUCCUUUUAUGGUAUUACAUAAAAACAUAACAUUGCAAUAAUUUCUAUAUAUUGGCACACAAACGUUUUCAUUUAUUAAAUAAUCUCAGUUUUAUGCUCUCCACAGCAAGUCGUGUAUCCUGUUUGUUGGAUGUAUAUCACAGUCUGGUUGGUUCUGCAGGUCCUCGGGGCGGUUGAGUUUCGUCAGCUUGUGUGGCAUGUGCUCAUGGGAAAUCAGGUCAUAUGGAGAGGCGCAGACCCAGGACUCAUCCAGUCAGCUUUUAUAGUGCUCAAGGUGCUCCACUUUUCUCUUUAGACUGGUUAGGUCCCUCAUGUUACACAGAUGUUGUCGAGGUUCAAAAGUUUUGUGAUAAAUUAAAAGAAAAAACUUUAACCCUCUCGUAUCGUUAUUUGAUGAGACAUAAACUUUGUGGAAAAUUUCAGCAAGUUGUAAUUACUUUUAAAGCGAAAGUUGUUGCUCAUUGCUUUCUGAUAACUUUUACCUGAAGUCACCCCAGAAGUAUUUAUUUUCACAGCACACCUAAACGGCUUGAUUUUUUUUCUUGCCUGUACAUGCUUUCUUAAACAAUGAAUGCAAAAAAAUAAAAACAAGACAGAGCAUGUAACUAAAAUAGAAACCUAAACCAUUUUGUUGAGAUCUUCAAUCGUACGUUAGUAACUCUUAUGGAUUUAAAGUUUUUCCUUUUUGUAUACUUUUUACUUCCCUUUGCCCCAGACAUAAUUCAUACUUUUAACCACUAUUAUACAAAAAUCAUUUGUUAAACUCCCUGAAUUAUCUUAGGUCUUUUAAAGUGCUAAAGUAAGUCACGACAGUAUAUCAAAAGGCUAAAGUGAAUUCAGCUGUCAUUUAAUUCCUCUGCUGUUAUGAGUCAUAGUUUCAUCUGUGAACGAGAUCUGCCAUUAACAUGCAUACUCAUUUAAAACUAAAGUUUCCUCACUGUUUCCCAUCAGUCUUUGCUCCCAGUGGGCUGCGUGCGUUCUGUUCCAUACAGUGCCCAGUAUGAGGAGGCCUACAAAUGCAAUUUCUUGGGUUUGAGCCCAGAUGUACCCAUCCCGACACAUGUCAGCUCCUCAGGUACAAGAGUCUUUGAACUCUUACUGUGAAAAGUUGCUCUUACAUGUUUAAGCUUUGUGCUUGAAGAUAUUUUUGUUGUUGAUUUUAUCUCCUGUUUGUUUAUCCUGUAGAGUUUUCAGUGCUGGUAGAUGUCAGUUCAGACAGGAGCUGCCAGAAUUCAGCUGUAGGUGAAGACGACAUCGCCUCACUUUAUCAGUUCACGAUCAGCAGUGCCAACACACAGCCUACAGACAGGGGUGAGUGCACAUACCCAAGUCUUUAAAUAGUCAAAGUACAUUUGAUUCAACUAUCAGUGUCAGAAAAAAGCACAAACAGUCCUUUGGCGCCAAGUUAAACCUAAAGAAGAAAAAGUGCUAAUUGUUGCUAAUGUGGAACUCAUUUCCCCAAAUAAACUUUUUGAUUUAAUGACAGGAUAUAUUUUAGAUGUUUUAACUGUGUUUGGAUCUGAAUCCACAUCAUAAUGCUCAAACGGAUGACAUUUUUAAAGGCAGAGCAAAAACACGUGUGAAUGGGAAAUGUCUAGACAUGUUCUGUGUUAAGGUUCCCAGGAUCUGAUUCCAGGGAAUAGGCAAAUCUUCCCUACAAGUCUCAUUCAAAAGCCAACACCUGCUUCUUUUAGGAAUUGGAAGGAAACAGUGAUUGUAAAUCUAAGGCUUUUUUUUUUUUUAGUACAUACUUUGAGGUUUUUGAUAGAGAAAGUUAAGGGAAUGCUCUAACAAACAGCUUCUUUUGGCAGCGGCAAUACAACUGGCAAAGGUUACCACUUGUUUCUUGGAGGCAAAUGUACCUGAUCAAAGCACAUCAAUCGAAAGUACUUGAUUUUGUUACUGAUGGGCUUGGAUUGUUAUUCUACGUGCCUGACACCUUAAGGAAAAAAAUCUGAGAGAUGAAACAUUUUAGAUAAGAUGAGAUACUUGACUAGACACAGCCCACACUUUGUGUUCAAACCUCUAGACUCCCUUGGCACAAAGAGAUGUUUUACUGAAGUUGUUGCUCUGUACUCUCUUUGUCAUUUUGAGUUUUUUUUUUGCACUUCAUUAUAGCUCCCUGUGUAAUACAUCAUGGCAAAAGAAUUUUGAUUAAAUUAACCCUUAAACCAUCUGGUUCCAGGUCCCACGUUACUGAACAAGCUCGAGGUUGCCCUGUCUAACGAGAACUUGUCUGUGGACGUUGUAUCUCACUGCCUGUUGUGUCUGAAGGAGGAGUGGAUGAAGUGAGUACUCUUUAUUUAUUCUUGGAAGAAGACCACCUGGGUUUUAGUGAGAUUCUGCCAUCUCAAAGUUAAUUCCAUGUCUUUCAGUAAGGUCAAAGUGCUGUUCAAGUUCUCCAAAGUGGAUGGACGGGGAAGGGAGGACACUCAGAAAGUUCUAGCCCUCCUUGGGGCCACAGGGCCAGGGGAGGAGGACAAUGUCAGGCUGCUCAAGUUCUGGAUGACCGGACUCAGUAAAACCUACAAAAGUCAUCUGAUGACGGCCGUGCGAGGAGGAGAGAGGAGCCCCAGUCAGUGA